AUGCUGAUUGAAGUGGAGAUUUCAGACCGUCGGCUGUCCGACGAAGGCAAGGCGCAUGUGACAACCGUACGUAAUAAGUAUAUUGAUGCUCUCUAUCUGCAUGUGCAAAAUGAGCAUCCAUCCUACACAGCCUUGGAGGUCGCCCAACGUAUAUCAAAAUUGCUGUUAUUGCUGCCGAGCAUCGAGCACCUGUCACAACAGGAGGACGAUAAUGUGCAGUUUCUGGCUCUGUUCAACCUUGCGAAUCUCAAUGGUUUACCUUACGAGUUGCAUUCAUCAACGAAACAACAGAUUCGAGAAGACCCCACUCAGGUAGUUUUCCAGGUGAACGAGGUGACGUCUAACAAUGUGGAAAUGAAAGGUUACGAUACUGAAGCAGCUCCUCCCACCACAGUGUCAUUUGGAUGCACUUCGUUUGCCAAUAGUCUUCUGUGA